AUGAGUUCACCUCGACGUAGAAAUAUUGUAGAGGCCAGAUGUGACAUGGAUUGUCGAGUAUAUACAUUUUAUCCCAGAGCAAGUUUGAAAAAUGCAACCUUGAAGAGUGACAUUUAUGCUAUUCUUGAAAAUGAUGAUGUUAACAUAUCUGCUGGUAAUAAUUUAACAAAGUUUUCAAAUACAAGGAUGAAAAAUACAGACUAUUGUUCCAUCGAUGCAGAACGACGUCGUUCCAUAUUCCUCUCCAACUCUACAAAGAUCACAAGCUUUGAAAUUGCCGAAAACAAAAUGGGAAAGGAACAAUUUUCAAUCACACGACCAUCAGAAAAAUUCCCAUUCUAUUACACCAUACCAGUUUCAAAUCCAAAUACUAUUCAAACAACAAGAAUUUCACUUCUUGAAAAAACGCAAAGUGCAUUCAAACUUGAUUAUCAUGCUGCUCGAGACAUGUUAUACAUUUUAUUGAGAACUGUUGUUUUGCGUGUGGACAUGGGAAGAGAAUGUCAAACCUACAUGACUGGUUUUGGUCACAACGCAACUGACAUUGUAUUUACAAAUGACUUGAUUGCCAUUUCAUGUUAUGACUCUCUCGUUUACUUGUUUGAUGCACGAACAAAAUCCAUUCCAACCAUGAAGUUAAAAGGACAUGGAGAGAAUGUAAAUGCAUGUGAAAUCGCAAACAUUGAUGGAACACCAUUUGUUUUCAGUGGUGGUAAAGAUCAAUGUAUUAGAGUUUGGGAUAUUCGGAUGCAAGUACCAUUGUAUGAGCUUUCUGCUGGAAACAAUGUUGUCACAGGCUUACAUUGGCAUGACGCAUCUUCGACAUUAUUAUGUGCCACCAAUUAUUGGCCAGAGUUUUCAGAUCAGGAUUAUGAUGAAAGUGAUUGGAAUUCCAAUGCUUACCACUCAAAAACUCACUUUGCCAAGCAUUUUCACCUUGAAAGAGGUGCUUUUGUGUGUUAUCAAUUUAAGGAUAUUAUUGAAGGAAACAAGUUAGUGCAACAAACACGAACAACAAAAUCUUCACCAACCAAAAGCAAACACCACAAAAGAAAAUAA